AUGGAGAUGGUGGUAGGAUUUGACAUUGAAUGGCCACCAGUAUAAACCGUAAAGGGAAAACUGAGCAGAGUUGCACUAAUUCAGUUGUGUGUGUCAGAGAGCAAAUGUUACUUGUUUCAUAUUCCUUCUGUAUCUGUUUUUCCUCAGGGCUUAAAAAUGUUGCUUGAAAAUGAAGCAAUUAAAAAGACAGGUGUAGGUAUUGAAGGAGAUCAGUGGAAACUUCUGCGUGACUUUGAUGUUAAAUUAAAGAGUUUUGUGGAACUAACAGAUGUUGCCAAUGAAAAGUUGCAAUGUACAGAGACCUGGAGCCUCAAUAGUUUUUUAAGACAUCUCUUUGGUAAACAGCUUCUGAAAAACAAGGCUAUCCGCUGUAGCAACUGGAAUGAUUUUCCUCUCAGCGAAACACAGAAACUGUAUGCAGCCACUGAUGCUUAUGCUGGUCUCAUCAUUUACCGAAAAUUAGAAAUUUUGGGAGAUGCUGUUACACAAAUGUUUGCUAUAAAUAAAGAGGAGGAGCUAUCAUCUCACAAUGUAAAGAAACAGUUGACUUCCAUUUCUCAGGAGAUGUUGGAGCUGGCUGAACAUCUUCCUGAUACUUUAAGCAAAUUGGAAGACCCAAAGAGGAUUUCUUUGCUCUUAAAGGAUAUUUCUACAAAUUUAUAUUCACUGAAGAAGUUACUAUUAGAUUCUUGUGCCAUCAAUCCUGAACUACAACACAGAAGUGACUCUGAUUUCCUGGAGGAUUCAAUUGCUGGUGGACUACAUCAGAAACAAAUUAGAGAACAUAAAAUUGUUAAUGAAUUUGAAGUUGAAGAUGAGAAAUCACUUGAAAAUUUAACUGAGUUUAAUAUAGAGAAUGUAUUUGGAAAUGAUUUGAAACAAGGAGAUAAUAAGCUUGAAGAUCAACUAAGAGACAAGUCAAAAACUAAUACAGAGAGAACUUGUUUGAUGUCAUUAGAUGUUACAGAUUCUGAACUCCAAAUGUUGGAACAGCAGGUUCCUGAAAAAAUUUCAAGUGAUAUUAUUUGCACAUCUCCUGAGCUUUUGUCUUCCAAGGAUAAUGAAGAUGAUACAUCUUAUAUAAUUGAAAGUGAUGAAGAAUUAGAAAUAGAGAUGCUUAAGUCUUUAGAAAACAUAAAUAGUGACACAGUAGAUUCAGUUUAUUCAAAGUGUGUAGAAAUGGAAAAUGAUCUGGAUCUUCAUUCUGAAGAUGGGGAUGAUGAGGAAGAAUCCAUUGAAGAGGAAAAAGAUGAUAUAGACCCUUCAUUACCAGAACCUAGUACAGAUCAAAUUACUUGUCUCAAGACCUACUUUGGCCAUUCCAGUUUUAAGCCGGUUCAGUGGAAAGUAAUUCAUUCGGUACUGAAAGAAAGAAGAGAUAAUGUUGUUGUCAUGGCAACUGGAUAUGGAAAGAGUUUGUGCUUCCAGUAUCCCCCUGUUUAUGUAGGGGGGAUUGGCCUUGUCAUCUCUCCUCUUAUUUCUUUGAUGGAAGACCAAGUGCUCCAGCUUGAAAUGUCUAGUAUUCCAGCUUGUUUACUUGGAUCAGCACAGCCAAAAAAUGUUCUCUCAGAUGUUAAAUCAGGUAAAUAUCGAAUUGUAUACCUAACACCAGAAUUCUGUAUUAGUCACUUGGGCCUACUCCAGGAACUCGAAGCUCAUAUUGGUAUCACUCUUAUUGCUGUGGAUGAGGCACACUGUAUUUCUGAGUGGGGACAUGAUUUUAGAAAUUCAUAUAGAUCUCUGAACUCCCUAAGGAGAAUACUUCCAUUGGUGCCAAUUGUUGCCCUUACUGCUACUGCAACUUCUUCAGUCCGGGAAGACAUUAUUCAUUCUUUAAAGCUGAAAGAUCCUGAGAUUACCCUUACUGGUUUUGAUCGACCAAACUUGUAUUUAGAAGUUGGACGAAAAACUGGAAAUAUCUGUCAGGAUCUGAAGCGUUUUCUGAUCAAAAAAACAAGUUCUACCUGGGAAUUUGAAGGUCCAGCUAUCAUCUAUUGUCCUUCCAGAAAAAUGACAGAACAAGUUGCAGCUGAACUUAGGCCACUGCAGUUAGCCUGUGAAACAUACCAUGCAGGCAUGAGUAUUAAGUUAAGGAAAGAGUUGCAUCAUAAGUUCAUGAGAGAUGAAAUUCAGUGUGUCAUAGCUACUGUAGCUUUUGGAAUGGGAAUUAAUAAAGCUGACAUUCGCAAAGUCAUUCAUUACGGUGCUCCUAAGGAAAUGGAAUCAUAUUACCAGGAGAUUGGCAGAGCUGGCCGAGAUGGACUUCCAAGUUCUUGCCACUUACUCUGGGCUCCAGCAGAUAUUACUUUAAAUAGACACCGCCUUAAUGAGAUACAAAAUGAAAAGUUUCGAUUAUACAAAUUAAAGAUGAUGGCAAAGAUGAAAAAGUAUCUUCAUUCCAGCAACUGUAGGAGACAAAUCAUCUUAUCUCAUUUUGAAGAUAAACAACUACGAAAAGCCUCCUUGGGUAUUAUGGGAACUGAAAAAUGCUGUGAUAAUUGCAAGUCCAGAUUGAAUUCUUGCUUAGCAAUUGAUGACCCAGUGGACACUCUACAGGACUUUGGUUCACAAGCAUUUCAAUUACUAUCUGCAGUGACCAUCUUAGGAGAAAAGUUUGGAAUUGGGGUUCCAAUUUUGUUUCUUCGAGGAUCUUAUUCCCAGCGUCUUGAAGACAAAUAUCGCAGGCACAGUUUCUUCGGCAUUGGCAAGAAUCACACAGAGAGUUGGUGGAAGGCUUUUUCUUAUCAGCUUGUUAUUGAAGGAUUCUUGGUAGAAACUUCUGGGUACAACAAAUUUGCUAAGAUUUACAAACUUACAGAAAAGGGUAGAAAUUGGCUUGCUAAUGCCAAUACAGAGUCUGAUCGGAAGCUUAUCCUUCAAACUAAUGAAGAAUUAUGUUCAUCAGAGCAUCUACCAAGUUCUAAAACUAUAUCUUCAGGCAAUCAACAAUAUUUCUCUAGACAAGAAUUAAUUGAAUUAAGUGCAGAGAGGAAGUCUAACUUGGAGAAGAUGUAUUCUUACAAAACAUUUGAUAAGAUGUCUUCUGGAAAUAAUAGUCCUAAAAAAAGUAUCAUGCUGCAGUCACCAGAAAAAUUCUCAGAACCUGUGAUUUCAGCUCAAGAACAGGAGAUUCAAACAACAUUAUAUAUCAGGUUGGUAGAAGCCAGGCAGAAACAUGCCAGUAAAAUGAAUGUUCCACCAGCCAUUCUUGCAACAAAUAAGAUAUUGCUGGACAUGGCCAAAAUGAGACCUACUACAGUUGAAAACGUGAAAAGGAUUGAUGGUGUUUCUGAAGGCAAAUCUACUAUGUUGGCUCCUCUGUUGGACGUUAUCAAAAAUUUCUGCCAAAUAAAUCAUGUCCAGGCAGACCUAUUUUCAAGUACAGAACCUCAGGAAAAACUGAAGAACAUCUUGAGGGUAGAAAAGGAAGCAUGUUUACUUUCACAGUCUGUGGCUAUUACAUAUUCUUUAUUCCAAAAAGAGAAGAUGUCUUUGGAGCGUGUAGCUGAGAACAGGAUUUUGCCUCUCCCAACAGUUGGCAUGCACUUAUCCCAAGCGAUGAAAGCAGGCUACCCUCUAGAUAUGGAGAGAGCAGGCCUGACUCCAGAGGUUCAGAAGAUUAUUGCUGAUGUUAUCCGAAACCCUCCCAUCAACUCAGAUAUAAAUAAAAUGAAACUAAUUAGAACGUUAGUUCCUGAAGACAUUGACACAUACCUUAUUCAUAUGGCAAUUGAGAUUCUGAAUAAAGAUUCUAAGUACAGAUUGUUAUGCCAACCUUCGUAUGAUUCCAACAAAAAGAGAUGUUACUCUGACUCUGAAGAGAGCUGUUCAAGUUCUAAGAGAAACAAGGAAGAAGACACUAAUAUCAAGCCUUUCCUCCUGUCCUGUGAUCUCAAAGCUUUGGAUGAUAGGGAUGAUUCUUUAUGUUCUAGUAGUGAUGUAUUGAUGCCAUCACAGUUACAUUGUCUAUUUGCCAUGAGGAACCCUGACCCAUCCUUGGUGAUUUUUUCCUGCAGUAAACUAGUGGUAGAUCGCUAUGAGUCCAAAGACACUGAUGAUUCCUCAAGAUAA